AGCGGAAUUACAGUCGUAAGUCUCGUGUAUUUUUUGGCGCUUAUAUUCUCCUGAAAUUAUGUGAGAAUGACUUUGGCAAACCGCCAAUGUUCCCCGGACUGUGCGGAGACAACAUGUACGGAGCAAUGAACUUUAGGAAGCGUGACUUCGGACAAGAUUUCCUCUUUUCUUUCCGACGAAUUUUUAGUUGUAAAAUUUCUACACAAUGCAAUUGUCCCAUUUCUUGAUUCACGACCGUUUCCAUGGACCAUUCAUCGUUGUAUCUGAAGCGUGUAGAUAGCCUCUGCGUUUCCGUUCGUCGCAUGGGAGAUGCAGGAAGAGCUACUCCUUUCUACUCCCUUUAGAUCAUUGUUUCCUAAUCCAAGGCUGCCGGGGACCGUAUUCUUGCAAAGGAAGCCACAAACCGCCUUUGACCAUAAUGCUCUUAGCACAAGGCGUAAAAGACGGAGUAUUCCCGACAGUGGACUUAAAACAUUCCUAACAUUGGUCGUGGUUACGAAUCUGUACUUAAUUUUACACAGAGCGUGCGAUCUCUUUUUUGUAAUUAGGGACGGGUUAACCAUUAGGGUAUUGAGGGGAGAAGGCACCACAGAAAUUUGUCAUUACCCGAUUUACCGCACGGUGCAGCGAACGUCAUCCAAAGCUACAGUGUCCUUUGAAUGCAAUCAACCGCACUGUCAUGCCUUCAUGCAUCACACCCACAUUCGCGUCAAGGUUAGUUGAUUCUGAAUAACUACCACAUUUAUCUUACAUAUUCGUACAAUCAGAUACGUAUCCACGUACAGAUACAAUCUCGAGACUAACUUCGUUCAAAGUAAUUUUCUUUGAGUAAGAAUAAUCUGUCGUUGACGCGUGGCUCGGAGCUUUCGUCGGCCGGAGUUAGGGCGCUGCCUAGGCUGCAGGUUAGGGUUGUAGUCGAGAGGAGCUAUGGAGGU